AAGUUACGGGAAGGAAAGCAACUGAAAAACAUCAUUCAGGUCACGUCUACAAAGUGGAUAGUGGGAAGGAUUUGAUGCUGUAACAACAUUAUAUUUUCUAGUAAACUUUCUUGUCAGACAUCAAGUGUCAUUUAUUUGAAAUGUGAACGAUAACUUGGCUGCAACAGUUAUGGGGACGUCUCCCUGUGUCUUGAUUGCUCUCUUCUCGGCCUGUUGGAUUACAAACGUCAUUCACAGUCUUCCACUGACGACAACACCAGACUGCUCAACAGGUUUAACUGUGCAUCUGGGGGAAAUAGAUGAAGGAUACACAGGUGACAUAGAGAUCAUUCCCAGCGUUCCAGAUGGUGGCUUAGAACUGAACUUAGAACUAUGUCCACAGUGUUCAGAGUUUCUAGAGUUCAUCAGUUCGUUCACAAAUGCCACAUUGAGAACAAAGAAACCACUGGACACAGAGGCAUUUAGAGAAACAGCAGGUGUUGUGUCCUACCAAAUCAACUGUACAUCCAGUAGGGUGGAGAAUGGUCGGACACUAAUUGUCAGGGAUCUGAAUGACAAUGCCCCAGUUUUUGAAAAAGAGGAAUAUAGGGCAAAUGUGUCAGAGACGUCACCUGUGGGUGAGAUUGUGGUCCAGGUGAAAGCAGUGGAUGCAGAUUUCAGUCCAGCGCACAAUCACAUCACCUACAGCAUUCAGCCACCUUCACAAACAUUUGAAGCUAGCGGGUCUGGACAAAUCCUGCUCAAAGAACGUUUGAAUUACACUAUAGCCAGCCAGUACAAUUUCACCGCGAAGGCACAGGAUGAUGCUGGUAAUUUCAGUCAAACGCAAGUGAUAAUCAACAUUAUAGACCAACUGAGACCUGAGUUUGAGUAUAACCCUUAUGAAGCCUCCGUACCAGAAAAUCAGGUGAGUCUUCCAUCCAUAGCUUUACCAUUACCACAGUCUACCAACUCUGUUACGUCUGAUGUUUUGAAUUACACCUCACUCUUCUGGUUACCUUUAUAUAUUCUGGACCUUCUGUUUUACCAGGUGGGACCUGUUCUUGAAGUUCUUCCAGCGCCCAUUCAGGCCAAUCCAAGUGAAGAAAGCAAUUACACAAUAAUAUACAGCAUCAGUGAAGUUUCUCCAAGCGAUUACCAGAACAACUUCAAUGUUGACCAGGUCACGGGGGUCAUACGAGUUGUUACUGAACUGGACUUUGAGGAAAUUAAGGACAACAUUAACAUCUCUGUAAAAGCUUCCCUGGAGAUUGACAGCACAAGGACAGCUAACACCUUGGUAAUGUACUAAAAACGUGCUCAGUGUUAAUGUCUAUCUUUGAACAUCAUUAAAGGAAGACAAUCAGUGGCUCACAAAGUCAGUUUUAUUUGGCACACACGACACACAGCAACACACACAUGCAUUUUAGGGUGGCGACACAGGAC